AAACGAACCAAGAUGGCGACUCAACUCAUGCCCAAUCCGCCGCUAACUGCAGCAGAAAGAGCUUGUCGAUCAGUAUUUGUUGGAAACAUUCCAUAUGAAGCCACAGAAGAACAGUUACGAGAAAUAUUCACCCAAGCUGGACCUGUAGUAAGCUUCAGGCUUGUGUAUGACAGAGAAACAGGGAAACCCAAGGGAUAUGGCUUCUGUGAGUACCAGGAUGUGGAGACGGCACAGAGUGCCAUGCGAAACCUCAACAAUUAUGAUUUCAAUGGCCGCCCCUUGCGUGUGGGCGUGGCUGCUGGGGAACAGAACAGGGAUGAAAUGAAAGGCAUGCAGCAGGCCAUGGGGGGUCCUCUGCUAGAGAGUCCGUUUGGAGAUCCUACAGAGCCAGAGAAAGCCCCAGAGGCCAUCUCCAAGGCUGUAGCUAGUUUACCCCCAGAACAGAUGUUUGAGCUGAUGAAACAGAUGAAGAUGUGUAUUCAGAACAAUCCAACAGAGGCAAGGAACCUGCUUUUACAGAAUCCUCAGCUGGCCUACGCUCUCCUGCAAGCUCAGAUUGUCAUGAAAAUUGUAGACCCCCAGGUUGCCAUGGCUAUGUUACACAGAGACACCAACCAGAUCCCACCGUCAAAUGUACCUCCUUCCUCACAGCCCAUCAGCCUGCCACCACAGCUCAGGAUGCCAAAUACAUCAGUGCCCCAGGGCCCACCUAACUCUAUGGGAGGACCCAUGCCUAUGGGCAGCAACAUCAUGGCUCCAGGUCCACAUGGCCCAGGUGGACCAGGACCACAUGGGCCUGGAGGUCCCGGUUCUCACGGCCCUGGAGGACCAGGUCCACAUGGCCCAGGAGGUCCAGGUCCACAUCCAGGCGGUCCACAUGGUCCAGGGGGUCCCGGACCUCGUGGCCCUGGAGUUCCUGGCAAUCGUGGUCCUGGUGGCCCUGGUCCUCAUGGCCCAGGUGGACCAGGGCCAGGAGGGCCAAGAAUGGGUGGACCAGAAAUGAUGGGCAGACCUCAGGGACCAUUGAUGGGUCCAGGUGGUCCUCAGCCAAACAUGGGUGGACCACAGCCAAACAUGGGAGGACCCCCCAUGAGGCCAGACAUGGGUGGUCCCCCUCAGUCUCGUCCCGAACAGAGGGACCCCAGGAUGGGGGAUGGGCGUGGUAUGCCUCCGAGGCCUGGUCCCCAGGGUGGAGCUCCAGUUGGUAUUCCAGGACUACCAAACUUGUCUUUGGGUGGCUUACAGUUACCAGGAGGUAUGCCAAAUAUGUCUGCUGGAGCUUCAAUCUCGGCACAAGACCAAGAGAAGGCUGCCCUGAUCAUGCAGGUGUUACAGCUAACAGACCAGCAGAUAGCCAUGUUACCCCCCGACCAGCGGCAGAGUAUUCUCAUCCUCAAGGACCAAAUAGCGAAGAGUGCAAACCCAUAGACGCUAACAUUGUUUUCUUAUUGCUUCAUCUUGUUCACAAAGACCCACAGUUAGAUACCAGGAGCUGGAACAUCAGGCAUCAAAUCACCUUAUAAGGGUAGACAACUCUGUGGAACGCCAUGUAAACCUCCACGGAUAACAACUUGUUACAGUAGACACUAUUGACCAUUUCAUUUGUCAAUAUCAAAUUUUAUAAAUCACAACAGAUUUAUAUUUUAAAUUAGAGUGGCCAAAAGUUGUUUUACUAAAGUGUCUGGGGAAUUGUCAAGGCUCAUUGGAUGAAAUCAGUUGUUUUUUUGUAUAGAUGGUUGAAGGAGAACCGGGUCAAAUAGCAUGGUGUAUGAAUAGAUGCAUGGUUUAUUUGAUGUAAAUAUUGAAACUGCAGUUUACAUCAUAUACAAUUUAUUGAAAUGGCAGUUUAAAAUGAAAGUGGCUUAAAAAAAAAAAAAAACACUUUGAUUAUAUUUUGAUAGAUCCAAAUUACCUGGUAUUUCAGGUCCAUCUUUAAUCUUGUUUGAAGAAAAAAACUUUGCUUUCUUGAAGCAAGUACAAAAUACAAAACAAAGGGACAGAGGUAAACAUAUAAAUUUUGUCAUUCAGUAGAAAUAUUGUUGUCAUUUAGGGGAGAUUUGGACUGAAAGUUUGAAUGUUUCAUUGUAUGUAUAGUGUUACGAAUCAGUUCAUUAACUGUAUGAAAGUGUAACAGUAUUAUGGAAUAUCUUUCACUGUGGGUACGAGAGCAGAUGAAUGCUAAAUAAAUGUAACCAGUGAGGUGUACGAAAAAUCUCCUCACCAUUUUGAUUCAUGUCAUUCAGUAGAUUUUCCAUACUCAUGUUUUCAUUAUAUUUUGGUGUCAGAUCUAGAUAGAAGUAAAAUAUGUCUGCUUCA